UUAAUCUUUCAAAUCUGAGAGAACUAUAAUAAACAAUAAAGUCUUCCUAAAAUAUUUAACACUACUGCGUGCCUAAGAAUGAAUUCGAACCUAUGAUUUUUAGGCAUAAUUAAAAAGAUUUCAAUAAUUAAUAAAAUACCAAAAAUAACCCUUCACAGGUUUCGCAAUUGGUACAGAACCCAAGGAACUCACGCUUACUGUCUCGUCGACGUUACCGGCAAAGAGCGCCUGAGCACCACCGGAACAUCUUAGCCGGCGGACAGGAAAGAAAAAGAAAUGUCACUGGUCGAUUACGCUUCCUCCUCAGACGAAGACGACGUUCCGGAACCCACUGAAGAACAACGAAAGGAAAAAGAGGAACCCCAACCCCAACGCCAUUCACCGCAACCUCAUCCUCAACCUCAACCUCGUCCAAAGUCCCUGACAAAAUCUGGAUCUUCAUCCAACCAGCAGCUAAAAAACAGACCACAUUCAUCUUCCCCUACAGUGGAGAAACUUCCUGAUGCUUCACUUCUUUUGAGUUCACCCGCCAUCUCAUCGAAUCUGAUGAAUGCUAGUGACCACUCCUCUCGAGUUGCUGCGGCUCUAGCCGAAAAUGCUUCACGUAAGAGAGACUCUAAUGGAAAGACCUCUUCUGCCGUUCGCAGUAAAGUUCCUAGAGGAAACCCACCCCAUUCAAAGAAUAUACCAGAAACGGCUGGUGGUUUGUUGGUUCCACCUCAGCUCAGUGGAAGGAAAAACGUUGUUACUGAAGACAUAAGCAAGCUAUUUGUCCGAAAACACCAAGAACAUCCAUCUGCUUAGAAGUUUAUGAAAUGAAAUCGACAACGGGCGAGAAACUCACACCUUAAUGUGCAGCACUUCACUUGUUGAAAGUGUUUGCUUUUGUAGAAUGUGUACUAACACAAACAAUCUCUAGAGUUUGUUUAUAUCCUUAUGUUUAUACUACAGUGUAGUUGAUAAUACUAUUUUGUUAACUUCCAGCCUAGGAAUGUAAAAGAAAAAGUGGUAGAAACCCUUUUGCAGCCACAAUAGCUUCCACCAAUGCACAAUGAAUUUGAACUUUGAAGUGAAAAAUUGGAGUUUCGGGUUUAACGCAA